CUUGUCACGACUCGUCGUUUGCGUGACGGACUCUCCCUUCUCUUCUCCUAUAUAAACAAGCCCUCGCCUCCUCUUGUUCUUCGUACCUAGACUUGUCUCGUUUAAUCCUCUCGAAUUCUUCAACAACCUUUCUCAAGAUGCAAAUUUUCGUGAAAACUCUCACUGGCAAGACCAUCACUUUGGAGGUGGAGUCUUCUGACACCAUUGACAAUGUGAAGGCCAAGAUCCAGGAUAAGGAGGGAAUUCCCCCAGACCAGCAGCGUCUGAUCUUUGCCGGCAAGCAGCUUGAGGAUGGCCGAACUCUUGCUGACUACAACAUUCAGAAGGAGUCCACCCUCCAUUUGGUGCUUCGUCUGCGUGGUGGUAUGCAGAUCUUUGUCAAGACCUUGACCGGAAAGACCAUCACCUUGGAGGUGGAGAGCUCUGACACCAUUGACAAUGUGAAGGCCAAGAUCCAGGAUAAGGAGGGAAUCCCACCAGACCAGCAGAGGCUUAUCUUUGCCGGCAAGCAGCUUGAGGAUGGCCGCACCCUGGCAGACUACAACAUCCAGAAGGAAUCCACCCUCCACUUGGUGCUCCGUCUCCGUGGUGGUAUGCAGAUCUUUGUCAAGACCUUGACCGGCAAGACCAUCACCUUGGAGGUGGAGUCUUCUGACACCAUCGACAAUGUCAAGGCCAAGAUCCAAGAUAAGGAGGGAAUCCCACCAGACCAGCAGAGGCUUAUCUUUGCCGGCAAGCAGCUUGAGGAUGGCCGUACCCUGGCAGACUACAACAUCCAGAAGGAGUCCACCCUCCACUUGGUGCUCCGUCUCCGUGGUGGUAUGCAGAUCUUUGUCAAGACCUUGACUGGCAAGACCAUCACCUUGGAGGUGGAGUCUUCUGACACCAUCGACAAUGUCAAGGCCAAGAUCCAGGACAAGGAGGGAAUUCCACCAGACCAGCAGAGGCUUAUCUUUGCCGGAAAGCAGCUUGAGGAUGGCCGUACCCUGGCAGACUACAACAUCCAGAAGGAAUCCACCCUCCACUUGGUGCUUCGUCUCCGUGGUGGUAUGCAAAUCUUUGUCAAGACCCUUACCGGCAAGACCAUCACCUUGGAGGUUGAGAGCUCUGACACCAUUGACAAUGUGAAGGCCAAGAUCCAGGAUAAGGAGGGUAUCCCCCCAGACCAGCAGCGUCUGAUCUUUGCCGGUAAGCAGCUUGAGGAUGGACGUACCCUUGCGGACUACAAUAUCCAGAAGGAGUCUACCCUUCACCUUGUCCUCCGUCUUCGUGGUGGUUUCUGAAGUGUGCUGAUGGUUUCAAAGCAGCAGCAGCAGUGAUGAUCCUUGAUUUUCAUGAUUUCAAUGUUUUUACUUUGAUGGUACUUUAAUUGCUUCCUUGCUGAGGCAAAGUAUUUUAGUUUCAUGUCUGGUAUCUGCCUCCAUGUUGAGGUUCUUGGACAAGUUUAAUUUUCUAUGGUACUCUGGUUUUUAUAAUAAAUUUGGAUCUUCUGUUAAA